UCCAGUGAUCGAUGGCGAAAAGAGAAACUUUGCGCCACCAUAUCUCGAGUGGUUUAGAGGCAACAAGGAAAUGACCAUUGUGGAUUAUAAGUCAUUCGAACAAGGCAUUUCAUGCAUCUCUCGAUACAUGAAAAAAUGCGGUCCUUUUGAUGGAUUACUGGGAAUGUCCUUGGGAGGUUUUGUUGCUGGGGCGUUGGCUGGAAUGCAACAAACCAAGAAAUCUAUCCUUCCGACCGAGCUAAAAUUUGUAAUUAUAAUAUCUGGAGGAAUUAUUCGAUGCCAGCCACUGUGUAAAGUAUAUGAUCACCCCAUACAUUGUCCAUCUUUUCAUUUGAUUGGCGAGCUAGAUACCAUAUUUAAAUCAAGUGGAGAAGAUCUGGCAAAAAAGUUUGUAAAACCAAUUAUUAUAGUUCAUCCUUAUGGCCAUUGCUUGCCUCCACUCGACAAUGCCUCCACUGUAAGCUUUGUUGAGUUUUUACAAGAUAUUAUUAAGGAAAACGUUAUGAUUGAGAUUAAAGAACACAGUAAAUCGUCCUUGCUCAUAGUGGCAAUUGCAUUUUGUAUACUGGUGUUCUUCUACUUCAUCUUUGUAUGGAACUUCUAAGCUUAAUAAACAAAUCUUUG